CCCAGGAGCAAGAGUCAGCCUUCUUUGCACUCAAGCCCCAGGCUUCCCAGCUAUCAUCAGCAGCAGCACCAUCUGUAGUGUCUUCACGUGCCAUUAACGAGCGGCUCAUAGCAGCGCACUGCAGCAGGCUGCUCAGCUCGUUCAAGCUCAGCGCCAGUGUCCUCUCAUUUGCCGCGAGUGCUGUGGCUCUUCCUGCCCCUGCUCCUGCCAGAGCUGCUUCUCCUGCUGCUGCUGCUGCUGCUGCUGCUGCUGCUGCUGCUGCUGCUGCUGCUGCUGCUGCUGCUGCUGCUGCUGCUGCUGCUGCUGCUGCUGCUGCUGCUGCUGCUGCUGCUGCUGCUGCUGCUGCUGCUGCUGCUGCUGCUGCUGCUGCUGCUGCUGCUGCUGCUGCUGCUGCUGCUGCUGCUGCUGCUGCUGCUGCUGCUGCUGCUGCUGCUGCUGCUGCUGCUGCUGCUGCUGCUGCUGCUGCUGCUGCUGCUGCUGCUGCUGCUGCUGCUGCUGCUGCUGCUGCUGCUGCUGCUGCUGCUGCUGCUGCUGCUGCUGCUGCUGCUGCUGCUGCUGCUGCUGCUGCUGCUGCUGCUGCUGCUGCUGCUGAUGCUGCUGAUGCUGUUGGCGUGGAUGGUGCUUAUCGUGGUGGUGGUGCAGAAACGCAUGCCACUGCUGCUGCGGUGGCUGCAGCUGCCACAGCUCCUGCUCCUGCACCUUCUGCUGCUGCUGCUGCUGCUUCUGCUGCUGCUGCUGCUGCUGCUGCUGCUGCUGCUGCUGCUGCUGCUGCUGCUGCUGCUGCUGCUGCUGCUGCUGCUGCUGCUGCUGCUGCUGCUGCUGCUGCUGCUGCUGCUGCUGCUGCUGCUGCUGCUGCUGCUGCUGCUGCUGCUGCUGCUGCUGCUGCUGCUGCUGCUGCUGCUGCUGCUGCUGCUGCUGCUGCUGCUGCUGCUGCUGCUGCUGCUGCUGCUGCUGCUGCUGCUGCUGCUGCUGCUGCUGCUGCUGCUGCUGCUGCUGCUGCUGCUGCUGCUGCUGCUGCUGCUGCUGCUGCUGCUGCUGCUGCUGCUGCUGCUGCUGCUGCUGCUGCUGCUGCUGCUGCUGCUGCUGCUGCUGCUGCUGCUGCUGCUGCUGCUGCUGCUGCUGCUGCUGCUGCUGCUGCUGCUGCAGCAGCAGCAGCAGCAGCAGCAGCAGCAGCAGCAGCAGCAGCAGCAGCAGCAGCAGCAGCAGCAGCAGCAGCAGCAGCAGCAGCAGCAGCAGCAGCAGCAGCAGCAGCAGCAGCAGCAGCAGCAGCAGCAGCAGCAGCAGCAGCAGCAGCAGCAGCAGCAGCAGCAGCAGCAGCAGCAGCAGCAGCAGCAGCAGCAGCAGCAGCAGCAGCAGCAGCAGCAGCAGCAGCAGCAGCAGCAGCAGCAGCAGCAGCAGCAGCAGCAGCAGCAGCAGCAGCAGCAGCAGCAGCAGCAGCAGCAGCAGCAGCAGCAGCAGCAGCAGCAGCAGCAGCAGCAGCAGCAGCAGCAGCAGCAGCAGCAGCAGCAGCAGCAGCAGCAGCAGCAGCAGCAGCAGCAGCAGCAGCAGCAGCAGCAGAAGCAGCAGCAGCAGCAGCAGAAGGUGCAGGAGCAGGAGCUGUGGCAGCUGCAGCCACCGCAGCAGCAGUGGCAUGCGUUUCUGUCACAUGUUCACAAGGAGGGCGUAACUUCACCGAGCAUCCACACCUGAGCCGCCGCAUUGCUUCUGGGACGUCUCAAAAGACCGUCCCAGCUGUUGCAUGUUCACAGAGUGCCUCAGUGCCACUUCUUCAGCAGCAGCAGCAGCAGCAGCAGCAGCAGCAGCAGCAGCAGCAGCAGCAGCAGCAGCAGCAGCAGCAGCAGCAGCAGCAGCAGCAGCAGCAGCAGCAGCAGCAGCAGCAGCAGCAGCAGCAGCAGCAGCAGCAGCAGCAGCAGCAGCAGCAGCAGCAGCAGCAGCAGCAGCAGCAGCAGCAGCAGCAGCAGCAGCAGCAGCAGCAGCAGCAGCAGCAGCAGCAGCAGCAGCAGCAGCAGCAGCAGCAGCAGCAGCAGCAGCAGCAGCAGCAGCAGCAGCAGCAGCAGCAGCAGCAGCAGCAGCAGCAGCAGCAGCAGCAGCAGCAGCAGCAGCAGCAGCAGCAGCAGCAGCAGCAGCAGGAGAAGCAGCUCUGGCAGGAGCAGGGGCAGGAAGAGCCACAGCACUCGCGGCAAAUGAGAGGACACUGGCGCUGA